GAUGACUGACAUUUGAAAAAGUAACUUUUUAAUAUAUUUGAGUAAAAAAACAAAAUAAAGCGAUAAAAUAUUACAACAGCGAGAAAGGAUCGAGUGAAAGUAACAAUUCGCUAAAGCGGAUUGAGACUUUGCCAAUGAAUGGUGGGAUUCCAGUGACAUUUGACUUACUCGCAAGAGAUCGGUUAUUGCAGUUUCUUUCGUACACCUCUCUGAGGAGGACCAACGAAAUCAAGUGAAAGCAAGUUUUAGGAUAUUUCAUUCCGAUUUAAAACUAAUUAAAAAGUAAGCGUCUAAUCAAUGACGAUCAUUCUAAAUCGGUAAAGUUAAGCCACAAGGAUCUUCCAAAGAUGAGUUGGUUUAGGAAUCUUGUAUUCACGAUAUCAACAAUUGCCCUCUCUUUGGUCCCCGUUUUCGGUUUUCCUGAUGGUGCACCAGUAGAUGCAUGUGUCAAACCACGACCGAAUCAACCCUAUCACGGGGAAGCACGUAGUCAACCCUUGAAUAAAAACCCUUAUACGUUAGUAGCCUCGUCAUCUGAAUACAUUCCAGGAUCGCAAAUUACCGUAACUAUUAGUGGUUCAUCUUUCAAAGGAUUUUUCUUACAAGCACGCGAUUCUAAUACCAAUAGCUGGAUUGGUUCUUGGGCACAAACUCCAAAUACAAACACCCAUCCUGAAUGCAGUGCUGUAACGCAUGCAGAUCCACGUGAAAAACAACAGGCUACUCUUAUUUGGAAUGCACCACCAAAUACUCGAGGCCAGGUUUAUUUUACUGGUACUGUUUUAAAAGAAUACGCGAUAUUUUGGUCGGAUUUGGUUGCACGUGUAGUCCAAUGAAAAAAAAAGAAGGAAAAAAUUCAAUGCAAGUAUAAUAUAUGAUUUAACACGUAAUAAUACUCAUAUUUUGAUAAUUUCGGAAAGAAAAAUGUCGUUUAUGGUGAUAUUGUAUAAUAACGUCUAUGGUGAUAUUGUAUCGAUGCAAGAUAAUCGAUAUUAAAAUCAAUUAAUAUUUAUCGAAG